AUGCAUGGGAAAUCGGGGCAAUCCUCGUUCCGAGAUCGAACGCAGGAGUUUCUGAGCAUAACAGAGAGGCAUCGAAAGUCCUCCUUCUCCACGCCAGCCAACGAUGGCCCAGCAUCGAGUAGCAAUAGUGGCGCGAAGCUCGACGGACCUCGAUCUGCGGCUUCGAUUCAAUCGGAGUUCAACAAAAGGGCCUCCAAGAUUGGGCUUGGGAUUCACCACACUUCCCGCAAGCUCACCAAGCUCGCACAAUUGGCAAAAAGGACAUCAGUGUUUGAUGAUCCAGCUCUGGAGAUCCAAGAGCUGACAUCAGCUAUAAAGCAAGAUAUUACUGGACUUAAUUCAGCAGUGAUAGAUCUGCAGCUGGCCUGCAAUACCCAAAAUGAAAGUGGAAACAUCUCGAGUGACACCACAAAUCAUUCAACCACAGUUGUAGAUAACCUGAAGAACCGAUUAAUGAGCACCACGAAGGAGUUUAAAGAAGUGCUCACCAUGCGGACAGAGAAUUUAAAGGUUCAUGAAAAUAGGAGGCAAUUGUUUUCUUCAAGCACUUCAAAAGAGUCAACAAAUCCGUUUGUUCGCCAACGUCCAGUUGCUGCCAGAUCAGCUGCUAAUGCAUCGGCAGCUCCUCCUCCAUGGGCCAAUGAUUCUGCGUCUUCUUCGUCACAGUUAUUUCCUAGGAAGCAGACAGAGAUGGAAUCUCAGCCAUUACUGCAACAGCAGCAACAACAGGUAGAACAACAAGACAGCUAUAUGCAGAGCCGAGCUGAAGCUCUUCAUAACGUGGAGUCAACAAUUCAUGAGCUGGGUGGCAUAUUCACACAAUUGGCAACCAUGGUUUCUCAGCAAGGAGAGCUUGCAAUCAGGAUUGAUGAGAAUAUAGAGGACACACUGGCCAAUGUGGAAGGAGCACAAGGGCAACUGGCCAGAGUGACUCAACAUCCCAUUGGGGGACUUGCGUCCUGCCUCUCCGCAUUCUUUAAAGUAGAGCUCCGGCUGUCUGUUGUGCCUGGUAAUAUUGUUCCAAAUCAAACAGAUGCAUGCGCUUAUGAAACUUUGACUUCACAAUUCACAGGCAUCUAG